AUGGGAGGUAGACCAAGAUUCAUUCACUUCAUGAUGAUGAGAGCAGAGAAUUUCAUCUUAUAUAAGAAAUUUGAGGAGGAUUGUAAUAUCAAUUUUCUGAUUACAAACUUUCAUGAACACAUGCUGAUGGACUUUGUGAUCUACUUCAUGGAAGAGUCUGAUAAACAGAUAAGUGAGAUGUAGUUGUUAGUCAAUGCUCAUGCUCCUCUUUUAGUUGAGGAGUUUUUCAAGAAUUUUUAGUGCAUUUGAUUGGAUAUUCUCUUUCUCUAUUGAAAUCCUGCAGAGGUGGGACUUGGUGGAAAUCAAAUCCUGUGGAGAAAGGUGGAGCUGCCUCUCCCAUUCCACCCAUUAUAGAUGUUCUGGAAAGAGAAGUGUUAAAAUAAAUUUCCUUUCCCUUUCUUUUUUCUCAUAGACUUCUUGGCCCCACUAAAGGCUUGUCUUUCUGAGAUCUACCAGAGGGAUUAUUCUCUAAUAGUGGUUUGCAGUAGGGAUAAAGUGAUACCUCAGAGCCUUCAAAGUAGUUGGAACCUGAAAUAGAAACAGAUACUUGCUGCAUUCUUCCUCUUUUUGACUAGGUUUUAGGGAAGAGAAACUUUUAGCUCUUACUUGUGAAGGAUUUUUUUCUCUUUCCACAUUGGUGCCUGUGCUAAAAGUGGCAAAUCCUUCAAAGUACUUCUUCCUUAUCAAUCCAUACUUGUACCUCCUUUGCUUGCCCUUUCCCUGGUUCUGCUUUUUAACUUACUAUAACUUUCCUUAUCUUGCUGAUUUCUUCACACUCUCAUUAAAAUCUUUUUUCUUCCUUAAUAGUUGUUUAAAAAAAAAAAUGAUGAUGAAGUUAUGACUUGGGGGACAGCUAGAUGGCGCAGUAGAAAGAGUACCAACCUGAAAACUGGAGGACCCAAAUUCAAAAUACAACUUCACUUACUAGCUGUGUGACCCUAGACCAGUCACUUAACCUCAGUUGUGUUACAUGAAUAGAUAAAGGAGGAAGGAAGGAAAGAAACAAGUUAAGAAAGAAGGAAGGAAAAAAUGGAAGCAGGAAAGAAGCAAGUUAGUUGUGGCUUGCCAAGGUUCUUUGUUAAUAGGGACAGAAUUCAAACCCAGAUCUUCUGACACUAAAUCAGGUCCUCUUUACAAUAUGCUAUCUUGCCUUUUUAAAAUAAUAAUGGUUCCCUUGAGAACUUAUCUUGGUUAGGGAAGUGGGGAGGUAACAUUUAGACUGUAGUCAGCAUAAGUAUAGUUAAUGAUUUUAAGCUUCAUUUCCCUAGACUUUGGCAAAAAACGAAUUUGGACUUAACUAGCUUUAUUUCUCUAAAAUGCUAUUUGGAUUAUUCAUAAAACUGCAUCUGCUCUCCAUGACCUUUUGAAUAAUAAAAUUUAUAUUCCUAAAUCUGGUAUUCACAAUUUGUAACAAUCUGGAACCAGCCUUAGCUCUAUUAUAGUAACUUUCCACUCGAGACAAGCUGAUUUGCUCUUUAGGUACCUGAAUACUUUUUCUUUUCUUUCUAGAACCUUCUCCAUUGCCUAGAAUAUCUUUUCUGCCUACCUUAAAGCAGAGAUUGAGUCAUCCUUGCCUUUUGAAGCUUUUCCAGACCACCUCAAUCCAAAAUAGUUUCCUCCUCCUAACUUCUUAGGUCCUUGAUUUCUUUAUUUGUGAAAAUUAAUUGUAAUACAAUUUUUUUUUAUAAUUUAUGGAUUUACAAAAUACUUUACAUUCAUUCUUUCCCAUCAUCCUUAUGAUCACUCAGCAAGUCAGGAAGCAUCCACCCAGUUUCAUAAAUAAGGGCAUCUCAGGCUCCAAGAAGAUAAAUGACUUGACCAGAGUCACAUAGAAGUAAAUUUGGAACACCAUUCUAGGUCCUUGUGCUCCUGCUAAUUCCUUGAAAUGUGUGAUAUCUAUUAGGUGACCCCUUAAGACUCCUAGGAUCUUAGAUCUAAAGCUGAAAGAGACCUUUUAUGACCACCCAGUCCAAAUCCUCCAUGGUAUAAAUGGAAAAACUGAGGCCCAGAGGAGUUGUAACUUGCCCAGAAUUGUAGAGCAUCAGAAAAAGAAUUUGAACACAAGUUCUCUGACUUUAGUCUUCUCUUGUUUAGAUUCUGUCAUGUUGCCCCUUAUUAUAGUUCUAAAUUCAUUUGUUUCUACAGUUCUAAACUCCUGGCACUUAUUAUUUAUAUCAUUUGGGAGGCAAGUAAUUAUAGAUUGCCUUAUGUCUCUUAAAUGGUUUUUUUAUCUGGUGGUGGUAUUUAACUUUUUUAGUCAAUCAUAAAGCAUUAAGUCAAGACAACAAAAACUUCCUCCCUUCACCAAAAAAAAUAAAAAUCCCCACAACAAACAAUACUGCCUGCUUCCAAGGAUCAAACAUUCUAAUGGAGGAGAUAGUUUGCAAAUGUUUAGGUUCAUAUAAGAAGGCAAUAGCAGCUUGACGAACCCUGAAAAGCCUGAAGAAAGUGAAAUUUGAACUAAGUCUUGAAGGAAUCCAGGGAAAUUAAGAGGUAGAAGUGAAAGGGCAGAAUAUUCUAGGUAUUUGUCCCAGCCAGUGCAAAGACACAGGCAAAAGACAGAAUUGUGCUUAAGGAGCUGUUAUUAGGCCCUGUUCCUGUGAUGUAGAACAGGAGGAGGGGAGUGAGGCAUAAGGCUGAAAAGGUAGGAAGAGGCCAAAUUAUGAAGCUCUCCAUUUUCCCAGAUAGAUUGUCAAUUCCUUCAAAACAGGAGUCCCACCAGAGACCUACCUCUCUGCUUUGCUCAUAUUUUUGUAGAGCAUAGUGAAUAUUUGUAAAUUGUUGCAAUUAUAGUUUGCAUUGAGUUUAAAUGGGUAUUAAUACUUUUUCUAAAGUGAUUUUUCUGUGUGUAUCUGCGUUCCUUUAAGACCACUUUUGGCAAAAAGUAAGGAGAGGAGUUUCUUUGCCUUACUGAAAUUUAGGUUCAUAUUUUUCUCCUAGAAUAGAGGUUAGAUUCAAGGAUGCUCAAUUACCUGCAAACUCUUUGAAUGGGUGAGAUUCCAACAUUGAUGACCCUGAUGCUAAUUACAACUUCUGACAGUUUCAGACAGGCAGUUUACCGGUAAGGACAAAGAGAGCUGGGUCCUAAUUAUAGACAUUUCACAGACUAACACUCUUUUGGGCCCAUUUAGCCAAAGGCUGAAAACAAUGUAAUUUUUUUAUUUUGUGUUUUGCAACUUGAUUUCUAUUAUUCUGUGAUUUUAAAAAAUAGCUAUGUUACGAUCUAAUUUGGACCCUUUUCAUGCUGGAAUGUAGAAAUUUUCACUUAUUAAACUUAGGCAAAAGUGAUUAAGCAUAAUUCUUUACUGGUCACCUUAAAUAUUGUUUUCUUGACAGACUUUUUCUUUAUCAACAUGUUGUAUGAUCUUCUAGGGAAAGCAAUCUCCAUUUAUUUCUAUGGAAUUUAUACUGAACUAUAUAAUUUCGAAUAAAGUUUACCUUUCCAAUCCAGCAGUAUUAAAAUUAUUAGUAGAUAUUUUUAAGCACAAUUCCACAAAAAAUGGUGGUUCUCCUUUGUCUGCAAUAUAUAAUAAAAUUUUUUCACCCAAUUAUAGCAGUUGGGUUAGAUUUCAGAAUUAUUGCAGCAUCUACAACCAAAUCAUAAAUCUCUAAUAAGAAAAAAAAUUAUUUUGUGUCAUCUAAAUAAAAAGGAAGCAUUUUACAUUAAACUUAUUUUUAAUUGGAAUUCCCAAGGGAAGUAGUUUUGAGUGUUUUGUUUAGCUCAUUAUUAAUCAGAAAAUAUUUUGUUUCAACUCUUGUUAAGUUUAUGGCUAUUUUAAUCCACUUACUAGCUGCACUAGUAUAUGUACACUGUAAUUAAAUAUUUUAUUAAUGAUAUUGUCGUCUCUAAGUUGUCAUUCUUAACCCUAAUCAUCAUACUUUAUUAUACAAAAUAUAAAUAUACAUAGAGUGAUUUUAUAGAAACCUGAGGGCCUACUUUUGCAGGACUUUUUUGCUGAGUCCCCAAAGUCCUUUUAGCAGCUUGUUUGGUUGUUGUUUUCUCUCUGUCUUAAAUAUAGAACUCAGGGAAAGAA